AUGUCUUGCUGGCGCGUUCUGAGACUCUGCGAGCAACCAGAUAACCAACAUGUACCCCAGCUACUUGUCAAGCCCGUCUUCUCCCCGGAUUCGUACAUUGUGCAUCUUUCAGAUUUGAGUAAUGUGUGGUCUGAAGAGCUGAGUUUGGAUGAUAUCGUGGACCGAGCUUCGCAGGAGCAAUCGCCAAUUGAAGUAAGCAAACAGGACACGGCGCAGCUUGGUGUCCUUCUAGAAAACAUCGCAAAGCCUCUGAGCAAUGCCGACGACGCACUCUGCCGUAUAACUCGCAAUGGACAAGACGGUAUCAUCCUGCAUGCAGCCAUUACCCUUCCAGAGCCGCUCGGCCGCUUGUCAUGGAAGUUUCAGCUGCAGAAGCGUACAUCUACAGUCCUUAAGAACGAGCUCAUUCUCCCGCUGCUUGUAUCUUCACACAUUCAGAAUGAACGAAUCGUUAGUCUCAUAAAAACAAUCACUAGCAAAGACAAGGCAAUCAAUCGGCUGCUAGAUCAAUUUGAGUCCAGUAACCUGGACUUGGCUGCCGCUUUCCCGGGUGCGGGUAGCAUGAAGACGGGAAGACGGAUGAUCAAACGUGAGCAAGCCGCAAAGCACGUUCCCGCUUUGAAGCCAUUUUACGAGACAGUGUGGAGGAAAGAGACUGGACAGUUAGAAGACUUGGAACUAACUUCGUUGGGCUUGUUCCAGGAAGCGCUGGCUCAGAGCACCUCUAUUGUGCCACAACAGCUAAAGUCGGACAACUUGGAAGCCUCCUGGUGGACAUCAGUGCCGACACAUUUGACUUUAUCGAAGGCUCCAGCGAACAGCAAGACAAGGAAGUCCGGGGUGCUUCCCAACCGAAGGGAUGCUUCAGAGUCAAGCGAAGAGGAGACAGAAGACGAGUUUGAUACUCAUGAGCAUUUCAAAUCCAUAAAUGACACGGUAGCACCAGGACAGAAAUCUCCUCUACAUGGACACGAUGAGGAUGAGAGCGAUAGCACUGAAGAAGAGCUCGACCUUGAUACACCAGCAAUAAGCUGCAAUCCAACUCAGGUCCAAGACUCCUUGCAAUCUCAACAUCGAAAACCGUCCUUAUAUGAACGUCUCUCCUCCCCUCCAACAAUUGCUUCACCGGCGAAGAAGGCAAAUGACGAUAGCUUUCGCACAGGAGGGGAGCCACAGGGAACAUUGCCCUCAUCCUCACCAUCACCAUUUAUUCCAGAUGAAGAGGCCGGGUCUGAUGAUGUUUUGACCACGAGAGAGGCAGCUCCUCCAUCCCCCAAGCAAGCAGACAUUGCCUCUACACCAAAGAAAUCCAGAAAGCCAUUUAGGAUUGGUGGUAAAGGAAGAGCUGCCGAGGAUGGCGCUUCGCAGCGUGCCGCUACAACUUCCCCGAGUAAAGUUCGCACAAGGGCUACGCAAUCGCCUACUGCAGAGCCACCAUCAUCACCACUACCGCAUAGUGUAACUAGAGAAAUGACACCGGCCGAGGAUGAAGUUGAGGAAACACCAGAAGAGAAGGCAGAACGGCGGCGUGCUGAACUCAAGCGAAGGAAUGAGGAGGCAGCUAAAAAGCAGGCACAGCAAAAGAAAAAGAAGAGGUUCUGAGCUACCGCAUUUAGCUUGAGUUGAGCCAUACGCCCAGCAUUCAGCUCCUAAGUCAAUGACUUUGCGCGUUAAGUUUGCUGGUUGAACUUGCCAUUUUCUUAAACUUCCAUUUGAGAAAUCUUUUUCCCGUCUGUAGCAGUUCAGUUUGUUCUGAAAGUCUUGGUAAACUUACAUCAAACUAUCGUUUCACUCCUCA